AUGUCGCUCCUCGGCCUACCAAACGAAUUGAUUCUCGACAUCAUCCAACGAUGCAUGCCGCUGGGCUUCGAAUCCCUCAUGCUGAGCUGCAAAGCGGUCCACACCGUCGGCGAAGAGUUUAUUGAACGUCACAAUAGCCUGCGUCGAACAUACCGCAUCGUAGAACCUGCGAGACGAUUCGAUUAUGCACCAGAGAACGACGCUCCGCAGGAUAUACUUCAUCUUCUGCAUAAAAUCGCAAAGGACCCGCUGACUGCCGGGUACAUACAGUCAAUCGACUUCACCUGGGACAACCCAAUAGGUGACUACUCCGAGGCGAUCGAGAAAUGGCCUGUAUUGCUCGACAAUGAGACCGCUAUAGAAGAUCUCCGGUUUCUCCUGAGCGAUCCCGGGACUCUUGCGAGGGUCGGCAUUGAUGUUUCUGGCUGGCUGGAAAGGAUGGUGAACGAGCCUGAGAUCUUCUUCUGCCUCAACAGGAUCAACCUGGGCUGGGUCUCGGCGCAGGAAAUAGCCCUUGACAAAGAGGCUGCCGCUUUCUUGGAAACCAUAGUUAUGAACGCUCGCACCGACCCUUCCCAGCCGCUAGCACAAGUCACCUCUCUCAAGACCGGCGGUCAGUGGGACAUGGGCGAGGGUGCGGACUUUCAGGUCCUGAACCCCUUCUUCGUGCUCCCCAAGCUCCGAAAGUUUCGUGGUUCAAAUUUCAUGCCUUGCGACCGAUAG